AAACGAGGUACAUUAAACUCUUGUCGUGUUACUGUUCUUGACUUUGAAGUUCCAAAUUUUGGUCGAAGAAAAUAUAGCCAGCAUGUAUCGCCUCGAAUUUGCUUUAUUUACUAUUGUUAUAGCCGUAACGUUAGUUGCAUUUGUAGAAUGUGAACAAAAGAAAUUGCAGAUAGGAGUCAAGAAGAAGAUAGAAAAUUGUUCAAGACGCUCGAGGAAGGGGGACGUUCUACAUAUGCAUUACACGGGAAAAUUGGAAAGUGGUUCAGAAUUUGAUAGCAGUAUUCCAAGAGGAGAACCAUUUGUUUUCACUCUCGGGGCUGGACAAGUUAUUAAAGGAUGGGAUCAAGGCUUGCUCAAUAUGUGUGAAGGAGAAAAGAGAAAGUUGGUUAUACCCUCUGAAUUGGGAUAUGGCAGUCAUGGUGCCCCACCAAAGAUUCCAGGUGGUGCUACGCUGAUUUUUGAAGUGGAACUCAUAAAGAUUGAAAGGAAGGCAGAAUUAUAGUGAUCAACUCCAAAUAUCAUGUAUGUUGUUGUUAUUUUGAAAGAUAAAGAUUUAGUUUUUCAAUCGCCAUUUUGA